AUGACCAAGUCGAGCCUCUCGCGCGUCACGGCCACAGCCGCCGCGACGGCUAUGCGCCCUGCGUUCUGCCGCCGUGCUCCGCGAGUUGCCUUUGCCUCGCUCCCCGCGACCUCGACUCCCUUCUCUACGUCCCCAUCUUCCGCCCCCUCUCCGCGCCGCGCCUACCACAUCUCGUCGUCGUCAAGGCGCCCCCGGAUACAGGGCCCCGCAUCCGCAUCCGCACAGCCCAGCUGGUCGCUCGCCGGCCCCGGUCGUCGCUCCAUCUUCAUCCAGACCGAGAGCACGCCCAAUGCCGAUGCGCUCAAGUUCUUGCCCAACCACCGAGUCCUGCCCGAGGGCAUCGCGGCUCCCUUUGUCGAGUACCUCAGCCCCCGCGCCACCAUUGCGCCGCCCUACCCGUCGCCGCUCGCCGCGCAGCUGAUGAACGUCGACGGCGUCACGGCCGUGUUUUACGGCAGCGACUUUAUCACGGUGACCAAGGCGCAGGACGCCAACUGGGCGCACAUCCGGCCGGAGGUGUUUGCCCUCAUCACAGAAGCCAUCACGUCGGGGCAGCAGAUUGUGCGGCCGGCAGCCGAGGCGACGGCGGGCGCCGCCGCGGCGUCCGGCAGCAGCAGCGACGCCGGUAAUGCUGCGCCCGUCGAGGCGGACUCGCUGCAGUACGACGAGAACGACAGCGAGGUGGUGGGCAUGAUCAAGGAGCUUCUGGAGACACGGAUCCGACCGGCGAUCCAGGAGGACGGCGGCGACAUUGAGUUUCGCGGCUUCGAGAACGGCACGGUGAAGCUGAAGCUGCGCGGCGCGUGCCGGACGUGCGACUCGAGCACGGUGACGCUGAAGAACGGCAUCGAGAGCAUGCUGAUGCAUUACAUUGAGGAGGUGGAGGCAGUGGAGCAGGUGCUGGACCAGGAGGAAGAGAUUGCACUCUCCGAGUUUGCCAAGUUUGAGGAAAAGCUCAAGGGGCAGAGGGGACCGGCUGUGGCGGCGACCUAG